AUGGUCUCGGCGGGGUACCCCGCAGCCCGGGAGGAGAGGAAAUACUGCGCCGACGAGAGAGCCGCGGCCACCAGAACCCCGGGCGGCGACCCCUCUUCCUCCGAGGCCGCCGCGGCUCCCCGCGGCUGCUGUGGCGCCGCUUCAGCCGCCGCCGCCGCCGCCUCGCUCCGCGGCCCGGCGGCACAGCAGUGGCGGCGGCGCCCCGAGCCCGCUCCGCCCAGCCUCACCUGGCGGCGGGCUGACUCUGCGCCGCGCCGCCGCCCCGGCUCGCCCCCGCCGCUGCCGCGUCCAUGGCCCGCGGCCGCGCCGCUCGUCGCCCGCCCGGGCCCCGCAGUCCCUCGGCGCUUCCUCCCGCUCCUGCUCCUCCUCCUCCUCCCGGGGGUCGUCGGCUCUCCGUGCGCCGCCGCCGCCGCCGCCGCUCGGCCUCCCUGCGGCUCAGCGCCGCUGCCCGCCGGGCAUCGCCCGCAGGGCGCCCGGGGUGGGUCCCCGCGCUCGCCGCCUCGCUCCUCCGCCGAUGGAUCGGCCCGCCCUCGCGCCUUCACAGCCCCGGCUGCCCUCCUCAGGCACCGCCGCCGCCCCCCGCGCUCCCGGCCGGCCGCUCCCUCUCGCCUGACGGAGCGCCUCGGCACACGGCACCAACGCCUGCUCCGAGCAGCGGCAGCCGCGGUUACAGCGCCGGCCGCGGUGGUGGCGGGCAGCUGGGCCUCGGCGGAGCUGGGCUGCUGA